AUGGCGACUAGCACAAUAUUUUUCGACAGAUUUUACAAUGCCGGACAGAUUGUCGACAAUGCGCCGCGGGUAGGUGACACGACCUAUCAUGGGAUCGAUCCAAGCACUGGAACGCCGCUCUGGGACGUUCCAGUAGCCAGGGAGAACGAUGUUGAUGACGCCGUGGCUGCAGCCAAUGGGGCCUUUAAAAAGUGGUCAAGUCUGCCCCAGCAAGAGAGAUCCAGGCUUAUGAAGGAUCUCGCCGCUUGCCUGGAGAAGCACAAGGACGCGCUCACCGACGUGCUCCACAAAGAGAGCGGCAAACCGAGGCCGUUCGCGGAGUCGGAAAUCAUGAUGGGUAUCAACACCAUGAGACGCCAUGCUGAGUGGUCGGUCCCGGAUCAGCUACUGAAGGAUACCGAGGAUGUAAAGAUUGUCGUCCAGCACGUCCCUAUUGGAGUUGUGGCAGGCAUUACCCCUUGGAAUUAUCCUUUCCAGCUAGCCAUUCUCAAGAUUGCCCCGGCGCUGGCGACGGGCUGCACAAUCAUCCUCAAGCCCUCCCCAUUCACACCAUACACGGCUCUUAAGAUAGGCGAAAUGGCAGCUGGGAUCCUCCCACCCGGCGUAGUACAGGUCCUCGGGGGAGACGACAAUCUUGGCCCUUGGAUAACGAGCCACCCCGGCAUCGCCAAGAUCUCAUUCACUGGCUCCACUGCCACUGGAAAGAAGAUCAUGGCAGCGGCAGCUGAGACAUUGAAAAGAGUCAAUUUGGAAUUAGGCGGCAACGAUGCAGCAGUAGUGACGGAGGACGUCGAUGUUCUGGAGGCGGCGCAACUGGUAGCCACAGCGACUUUUGCUCAUUCGGGUCAGAUCUGCAUGGCCACAAAACGCAUUUACGUCCACGAGUCUAUAUAUGAUGAGUUCUUGGCUCACCUCGUGUCAGUUGUGAAGAGCUACAGGCUGGCUGAGGGUUUCUGCAGCCCCAUUCAGAAUAAGAUGCAGUACGAGAAGGUCAAGUCGAUCUACAACGAUUGUGAAGAGCAGGGAUACACCUUCGCCCUUGGCGGUGGCAAGACAUUCUCUCAUGAGGACCGGCCAGGGUAUUUCAUAUCUCCGGCCAUCGUGACCAACCCGCCGGAGAAGUCGCGUAUUGUACAGGAAGAGCCAUUCGGGCCUAUUGUCCCCGUACUAACGUGGCGCGAGGACGAGGAUGUCGUCAAGCGCGUCAACGAUACUCACACGGGCCUUGGGGCCACGGUCUACUGCCGAGACGAGAAACGUGCGUGGAAGAUUUCCGGGAGCAUCGAGGCAGGGAGCGUAUGGGUGAACGGGGGACUGAAGUUGGAUCCUGUGGCGCUGUUUGGCGCCCACAAGCAGAGUGGGAUUGGGGGGGAGUUGGGACCUCUCGGACUCAAAUACUACAUGAACACACGAACGGUUACAUAUUGGAAGACCUCAUCGAAAGGACCGCAGGCCAAUAGCGACAACACCAGCAAGGGAGGCUUAUUCACAUGA